AUGACCGACUUCGCUAGCUUCGUCAAGGAAUCGCGAGAUAAGAAACAGAAGGAGAACCUUGCACAGCAGUUCCUAGGCUCUCGCGGCCGCACAGCAACCCCAACAUCGGGUUCCGGCGCAAAGUCAAGACAGCCACCGGAGAAGCCGACGCUCCUGAGUCGCAUAAGCGGAGGUGCCGGUAUCCAGAAGGGUCGCUCAUCGUCGGCAAAGCCUUCUGGCAACAUUGAUGGGAAAUGGCAACACGACCUGCACAAGGUCAACAACCCUAAUGGUCCGCCUGCCAGAGCUGCGAAGCUCGGCCGCCCGGCCUCUGCCUCUCAAAUCGAUCGCAACAGCCGGACAUAUGACAAGUUUGCUUCUGCUCUGAACAAGAACGCAAGCGGACGCAACGACAAUGCGCCGGGGUUCAGCAUCAAAGGUGUUGCGAGCACUGGCCCGUUCACAGUCAUUGCCAGUAACUUCGCCCCUGGAACAACGGCGUCAGACAUCGAGGCAGUCAUGGCACCUCAUGGAGGAGAGUCCCUUGGCUGCAAGAUGCUGACAGCCUCCCCAACGGUCAUGGUGGAGCUCACAUUUGCAACAAGAGAGGGAGCCGAGAACGUGAUCGCGACUUUCAAUAGCCAGAAGGCCGAUGGUAGAACUCUCUACGUAUACCUAAAGGAGACACCCACGAGUAACGCACUUGCCCACUCUCGACCACCACCUGGUCGUGUCACGCAAGCACUCGAUGACAUGGAGGUCGACGCUGCCCGAGGUGGAAGCUUGCAAGACGGGAGAUACGGCUUUAGCGAAGGCGGCCGCCGUGAACCGCCACGAGGACCCCGCCGACGUUACUGA